UUCAGUGUCUCCUGCACCUUGCUACAGUCAUGACACUUCAACUUGGCACAUCCAGAGGCUUUGGUAGGGCUCUAGUACUUAAAAUCUUUGUUCAUUACAGGUUCACUGCCGAAGAAGCAAGAGACCUGAUCCAGCGCUACCUGACGGAGCACCCUGACCCAAACAAUGAGAACAUUGUUGGGUACAACAACAAGAAGUGUUGGCCCAGAGAUGCCCGUAUGCGUCUCAUGAAGCAUGAUGUUAACCUGGGCCGUGCAGUGUUUUGGGACAUCAAGAACCGACUGCCGCGAUCAGUGACAACAGUGCAGUGGGAGAGCAGCUUUGUGUCGGUGUACAGCAAGGAAACCCCAAUCUGCUGUUCAACAUGGGUGGCUUCGAGUGCCGCAUCUUACCCAAGUGCCGUAUGA